AUGGGAGAGGAGGCGGAGGAUAGAUGUGAAGGGAGAGAGAGAGAGAGAGAGAGAGAGAGGCAAGGAGUGGGGGAACGAGUAGAAAAGAACUCAAGGUGUAUUGUUUUAAUCUGCUGAGGCGAUCAAGACAGGAGCAAGAUCUUUUUUCUCUAAAUAUUACAGGAGAUUUCACUUUAUUCUGAGGCGAGCAAGUAUAGGCUUUUAGGGAGGGUUCAUUUACUCCUUACGCGUAAGGUUACACGCCUUUGGGCAUCACUGUCGAUGAAGGAUGCUGGGCACGACUAUAUAGGGGUAAAUUCACUACAAAGUAUUUCUGCGAUUCGCCGUGGAAAACAAAACAAAGAGGAGGGGGCAAACUAUGAUCCGAGGAUGAUUUCUGCCAAAAAAACUCUGGAGGAGAGUCGUUAUCCUGUCCACUAUCUGGUGUGGCACAACAAGCACCGUCAGCUGGAGAAGGAGCUGGCAACCAGCGAGCAGGAGCUGUUAUGGUUUGCGAGAUAUUGGACCCCAGAAUGCAGACGAGCAGGCAUCGUGAUGACGGAUUUAGAGCCUCUGGACCCUCGUGGCCGGACUCCUCUCCACCUGGCUGUCACUUUGGGCCACCUGGAGUGUGCCAGGGUCCUGCUGCAGCACGGCGCUGACGUUAGCAAAGAGAACCGUAAUGGCUGGACCGUUCUUCAAGAGGCGGUGAGCACGAGGGACCCGGAGCUGGUGCGUCUCGUGCUGCGUUACCGUGACUACCAGAGGACUGCCAAGAGGCUGGCGGGUAUCCCCGUCCUGCUGGAGAGACUACGCCAAGCGCAGGACUUCUACGUGGAGAUGAAAUGGGAGUUUACGAGCUGGGUGCCCCUGGUCUCUCGUAUGUGCCCCAGUGACACCUACAGAGUUUGGAAGAGUGGACAAUGUCUCCGUGUGGACACGACCCUGAUGGGCUUUGAGCAGAUGACCUGGCAGAGAGGCAACCGGAGCUUCAUUUUUAGGGGGCAAGACUCCAGUGCGGAGGUGAUGGAGGUGGACCACGACAGGCAGCUGGUGUUCUGUGAGACCUUGUGCGUCUCAACUCUUACGGCGCUCUCUCCUGGCAGGGUGAGAGCCGACGCCAGCAAGGGCAACUGUGCCGGACUGGGCCUUCUGGGGGCGACACAGCCCAGCGACGAGCAGGUUGCAGCCAGGCUGUCCGCACCAGUGGUAACCACUCAGCUGGACACCCGCAACAUCGCCUUUGAGAGGAACAAGACUGGCAUCCUGGGCUGGAGGAGCGAGAAGACAGAGACAGUGAAUGGAUAUGAGGCCAAGGUCUAUGCCGCAUCCAAUGUUGAGCUGAUCACCAGGACCAGAACUGAACAUCUGACAGAUCAGAACAAGAACAAGACAAAAGGUGGCAGGACUCCACUGCAGAACUUCCUUGGGAUUGCAGAGCAACACAUGGGCUCUAACAACGCGGGAAACAAGGAACAAAAAGCAAAUGAAGCUCUGGUGACACAGAUGUCAUCCCCCACGGUGACAAACCCCGCAGCGCUGACGGCCGAGGAGUACUUCAACCCCAGCUCGAUGCAGCAGACGCUGAGGGACAUCAGCCAACCGUGCCAGCUCACCACCAAGACCCAGAGGUUUAAAGCCAAGUUGUGGCUGUGUGAGUCCCAUCCUCUGUCCCUAGCGGAACAAGUGGUGCCUAUUAUUGAUCUCAUGGCUAUCUCCAACACCCUGUUCGCCAAGCUGCGUGACUUCAUCACUUUGCGGCUGCCGCCUGGUUUCCCAGUCAAGAUCGAAAUUCCCCUGUAUCACAUACUAAACGCCAGGAUCACCUUCAGCAACCUGAAUGGCUGUGAGGAGGGAGCCGGCCUUCGUUCGGACAACAAAAUUGGGUCGGAGGGGGGUGGCCAGCGGGACGCCUCGAGGACAGACGCUCCCUCUCCAGGCAGCGACUCCUCAAGCGUCUCCAGCUCUAGCUCCACAAUGUCGUGCAGAGCAGGAGAGAUUCCUCCGUGUGUGUUUGAACCCCCGCCUGGAUACACCAUGCUAGGAGGCAAACAGAGAGACAGCAUGAGGGAGGAGGAAGAAGACUUACUGCAGUUUGCUAUACAGCAGAGUCUGCUGGAGGCCGGAUCCGAAUAUGAUCAGGUGACUAUUUGGGAAGCGCUGACUAAUAGUAAGCCAGGAACACACCCUUUGUCCUGUGACCCAAGUCGUGUAGAGAGGACACCCCAGCACAAGCCCCGCCCCCCUUCCGGCCUCUGUUCCGCCCCCUCCAAGAAGCAGCCGCCAACCUGCACCUACAACGAGCAGCUGCGCAUCGCCAUGGAGAUCUCAGCCCGGGAGCAGGAGGAGGCGGACUUCCGGCGGCGGCAGGAGGAAGAGGAGCUUCAGCGAAUCAUCCAGCUGUCCCUGAUGGAGAAGUGAGAGCCAAAUGGCCUCGAAGCAGGCGGCGUCUGUGGGGAAGGGUCUGCACUGAGGACAUGUUGGAAUAAGAGGGAAGAGACAGCUACUUUGACACUUUAAGCACACUCUAACUGCCUGAAUUGUCUUAGUGAAAACAAUCAAAUAUUUUCCUUCUCUAUUUUCCAUCUCCUUCGUCAGACCUUUCCCUCGAAGCCAUACAGUGAUGAAGCUGGUAGCCAGAGAGGGACACCACUUUCCUCCCAGAGGCACCACAUGGUACUUUGUUGAGCAGUGCCAGUUUACAAUCGAAAACAAUACGCCCAAUACCAGUUCCCUUUGCAGCGGGAUCAUGAGCUCUCCCUUUGUAGUGUUUCUGCUUCAGCAUUACCUCCCCCCUCCCACACACACACAGACACACACACACACACUGAGCCCUUCUGCCACUGAACCAGUCGAUUUUCAUUCUUAAAAAUGUAAAACAAGCAGUGACGAGCAAGGCUCUGUGUUGUUAGAGCUGAACAUGAAUGUCAGCUAACCGUGAGAAAGUUCCGUUCUUAAUUGAACAUUUUCAAAAUAACAUGCAGGUACCCUUCCUUAUUUGCUUUUAAUUGCCACAAAAUCAACAUGUACUGUACUUAGCUUUGCAGGCAGAUCACAUAUAAGACUGUUAGUGGUGGUUCUUUUGAUGAGUUUGAGCACAAAGCAAAACCAGGCCAGAUUAAGUUUUAGACUGUAGGAAGAGACUGCAGGAGGCGCACUAACUAUACUGUUUGAGAAUGAGUGUAUUGAAACUCAUAAAGGACUAAUGCUCGUGUUAUGUAAGCUGUCUGUGGAAUAGAUAUGUUAUUGGAAGAAAUUUGUACUCGCCUUAUAGGAACUGACUUUGUUUUUGUCUGUGUUUCUCUUCGGUCACUGAUAUAAACUGAUAUAAACGAUAUUUCAGCAUGAUGUGCACCCAGGAGGGAUUUCUAUUGUCUGACCUGAGCCUGAGUCGGAGCAUGCUCAAUGAGGAGCUCCAAACAUCCGGUAAGAGUGUUGUGCAGCAACACAACAACUAAGGCUAAAAAAAAAAGGCUCCAAAAAUAACUGAAUGUUAUUAAUGACUAAAUGUUGCAAGGCUCGGGCCAAUCCUCAGCCAAGCCUUUUUUAAUAAAAUGAUUUCUUUGAAACAAAUGUUUACCACUACAAUAUCAGCACAAACCGAGGAGAUUUCCUUCUGUCUCUUCUCUAAUUACAGUAAAUCUUGGCUGAUUAACAGGAUUCUUUUUUAUUUUUACUUUGUAAAAACAAUCGUUGCAGAAGACCAACACAUCAGAACGUCUUCAAGAUGUACCCUGCAAAGUGAAUUCUGAUGAUUCAAAUAAAAAAACAUCUUUUGGAA